AAAAUUCCUUUCUCCUCAAUCUCUGCUUUUCCGGCCGAUAAUCGGCGUUUCAUUCUCCCGGCGCCGCCGCGAUCGGGCCGUGCCUCACAACACCGUGAACGUUGCGCGGCCGAUUUUGCCGCAAAAAAACUCUUUGGUGGAAGAAUAUUUCCUUGCGCUUACUUCUCUGAAUCAGUAGCACCUUCCUUCAUGGAAGCUCUUAGAUCUUUCCCUUCAUUCUGAGCCUGGCUUUAUUCAUAAUGAAGUUAGGUUCUAAGGAAUAGGAAGAGUUCAAAUUUUCAGAUUCUCUGAUUGGUGAAAAUUUAACAGCAAAUGUUGGAAGCUACACAUGAGAUUGCUAUUUACAUUCAUCGCUUCCACAACCUCGACUUGUUUCAGCAAGGAUGGUAUCAAAUUAAAAUCACAAUGAGGUGGGAGGAUGGAGAUUGUGAUUCUUGGGGUGCUCCCGCAAGAGUUGCACAGUAUGAAGCUCCAGAUCUGGGUUCUGAUGACGUGUAUGGAGUUUGGAAAAUUGAUGACAUAGACCACAGCUUUUCAACUCAACCUUUUCGUAUCAGAUAUGCGAAGCAGGAUAUUCUUUUGUCUAUGAUGGUCUCAUUCAACUUUCCUUAUCGUAAAUUUGAGCGAGGCGUACCUGCAUCUGCUAUCAUUCUGAAGUGUGAGUUGCUGCACACUCCUGUGUUGGGGAACAGGUCUGCUGUUAUGGACUCUUUGGUGAGUGCCGCUGUCCAUGAAUUCCGGCUUCCCUCAAAGGCUCUUCUUGGAUUGCAUGCCUAUUGCCCUGUUCUUUUCGACAUGUUUCACUCAGUGUUGGUUGAUGUAACUGUGCACGUGUGCCUGCUUAAAAGUGUUCACACAAAGAAGGUACCCAGUAAUCAUAAAGCUGUGAAUGAGGAUUGUGCUAUGAAGGGCUAUGAUAAAUCACAGCAACAGGAUAUACUCAUCCAACCAUUAACAACUUCCAGAGACAUACUCAUUGAAGAGCUACGCAAACUCAGCGAAGCCAUCAAUCAACAAAUAGAUAUUAGUUCACACAAACUGUUUUCUGGUGAUCAAACUAAAUCAAAAAUGAAUGGAGAAGCUGAUUUUCUUAAUGAUGUUCCUCGAUCACAGUCCGAGGAUAAGCUGCUCAAUUCAAUUGAUUUGAUUGACAACCAAUUGACUUACCUAUGGAGUUUAUUUUUCAACUUUCACAGGGUUAAUGCGAAGAAAGUUCUUAGGUAUCUCUACCACCAGUGGCGUGUGGAGCGGAAAGCCGAAUGGUCAAUCUGGAUGGUGUAUACGAAGGUUGAGAUGCCUCACCAAUACAUAAGUAGUUCGGUGCACACAUCUUACCAGGGAUUGCAUGGUAAGCUGCCCAUUCCACAGAAGAUAGAUGGCGACCCCGCACAAGCAGCUGCCAUGAGAGCUGAGCGUCACAGGCAAAGCAUAGCACAAAUGAUGAUCAACACUCGUUCGAUUCAAGACAUGCUUAUAUUUGGAGAUCCAUCGCGCAUACCCAUUGUAAUUGUGGAAAGGGUUGUCACUGCUCCUUUGCGCUCGACCAGCAGUCAAUCUUUCUUCAGCCAAGUGGACCAGAAUGACACAAAUAGUUCGAUUUCAAAAUUUGGCCCUACCCCCACAAAUGAAGUAUAUACCUCCCAUUCACAUGAUCGUGAUCUGCAGAUUGUUGUUUUUGUCCAUGGAUUUCAGGGACAUCACCUAGACCUACGGCUCAUCCGUAAUCAAUGGCUUUUAAUAGACCCGAAGAUUGAAUUCCUCAUGUCCGAGAUCAAUGAAGAGAAAACAUCAGGCGAUUUUAGAGAAAUGGGACAGAGACUAGCGCAAGAAGUAGUAUCAUUCGUGAAAAAGAAAAUGGAUAAGGUGUCUAGAUCCGGUGCCUUGACAACAAUUCGACUUAGCUUUGUUGGCCAUUCGAUUGGAAAUAUAAUUUUGAGAACUGCUCUGACAGAUAGCAUCAUGACGCCAUACCUCGGGUACCUCCAUACAUAUCUUUCGGUCUCUGGUCCUCAUCUCGGCUACCUUUACAGCUCGAAUUCGUUAUUCAACGGAGGUAUGUGGCUCUUGAAAAAGCUCAAAGGCACUCAGUGCAUUCAUCAGCUAACUUUCACCGAUGAUCCUGAUCUUCGAAACACAUUCUUGUACAAACUGUCCAAGCACAGGACAUUGGAGCACUUCAAGAAUGUUAUUCUUCUAUCAUCUCCCCAGGAUGGCUACGUUCCGUACCAUUCUGCUAGAAUUGAGAUGUGCCCGGCAGCUACCGGAGACCACUCGAAACGGGGUCAGGUCUUCCUCGAGAUGCUGAACUAUUGCCUCGACCAGCUGCGCGCACGUCCCUCAGAGCAGCGCGUGCUCAUGCGCUGCGACGUCAAUUUCGACGUCACCCUCCAAGGGAAAAACCUGAACACCAUGAUCGGGCGCGCCGCGCACAUCGAGUUCCUGGAAUCCGACAUCUACAUCAAAUUCAUCAUGUGGUCCUUCACGGAACUAUUCCAGUGAUCAUCGCCCCCUGGAUCAACUUUCCAUCGCUGAUCGAGCGAGGUUCAUUCUCCCGGAAUUUUUAUAUCGAUCAGCCGGUCGAUGCUGUUCUUCCGAUUCAACUCGUUCAUCCGCUGGCCAGGUAUCGGUUUUUCGACUUUUUUGUGUCUGUUGUAGACGACAACAGGUUCUAGCGAUUGUUGUAGAGCUCCAUUGAAGAGUUGCUGAAGUUUUUUUAAGUAAUGAGUUGUGCAAAAAGUGAAAUGGUUUUAAAA